AUGGGCCCACCUACAACAAAACAAGCCAACCUGUUCUCGGGCGUGAGGGUGUUCUACCGCGAGCAGGGCAAUACAGUAAAUGCCCCGACCAUACUUCUUCUCCACGGAUUCCCUUCGUCGUCGCACCAGUUUCGAAACCUCAUGCCGCUCCUCGCGACCAAAUACCGCGUGAUCGCCCCGGAUCUACCAGGGUUCGGAUUCACCGAAGCGCCGUCCAACUUUGUGUAUACCUUCGAGAGCCUCACCGCUACAGUUGCAGACUUUUUGGAUUUACUUGACAUCCAAAAGUUCACCAUGUACAUUUUCGAUUACGGUGCACCCGUGGGUCUGAGGCUUGCUCUCCAACGGCCGGAUGCCAUCCAAGCCAUCAUCACUCAAAAUGGAAAUGCAUAUCUGGAGGGCUUUGGGGCUGCCUGGCAGCCCCUGAAAGACUUCUGGGUCAGCGACGAUUCGCUUGAGGACAGGAAGAGAAUCGAGGAUGCGAUGCUCACCUUCGAGGCUAUCAAGUUUCAAUACGAGAAUGGAACCCCUGAUGUUUCUCGAGUCCCGAUGAAGGAGAUUCAAAUCGAUCUUCUGAUGGACUAUCAAAAUAAUUUGCCUUUAUGCUCCGAGUUCCAGAAAUAUUUUCGAAAGUCGCAGGUUCCUUUGUUCGCAAUAUGGGGUAAAAACGACGUCUUCUUCAUCCCUGCCGGGGCAGAGGCGUUCAAGAGAGAUCUCCCAAACGCCGAGAUCAAGCUGAUUGAUGCGGGUCAUUUUGCGGUUGAAAGCGAUACAGACCUCAUUGCCCAAGAUAUUCUCACAUUCUUGAUUGAGAAAAACCUCUGGGAACUCGAUGUGGGGAUGGGGGUCAUGUAG